CACUUCUGGAUGUCAAUAUGCGGCUUGUUGCGGCGCUGGGGAAACAGAACCACUGGAAAGAUGUAAACCAAGCAACCCGCGAACACCUGCAUCCGCGAAGACACUGAACAUUUCCCCCGGAGAAACCGUAACUAAGACCCGACAAACACAAACACAGCCACGGACGGCUCCCUGGGUCGUUACCUCCGAGACAGCGGAGCGUCUGCCUAAACGCAGCCAUCUUUUGUGAGAGAAUGUACGGGGCCUGCUCGGGCUCUGGCCGGGGCCGGAGUGUGCUGAUGCUGACUACCGCGCUCCUGCUCUCCGUUGUCGGGCUGCUGUCUGCGCUGCCCGGCGUCACCGAAGCGAAGGAAUGCGACAAAGCGUGCGUGAACGGACAGUGCAACGCCGCCACUGGCAGCUGUGUGUGCUUCCCCGGCUGGACCGGGGACCAAUGCCAGCACUGCGGAGGGAGAUUCAGGUUGACGGGACCCUCUGGUCUUCUGUCUGACGGACCAGGAAACUACAAGUACAAGACCAAGUGCACGUGGCUGAUUGAAGGACAGCCCAACACCAUUCUCAGAUUAAGAUUUAACCACUUUGCCACCGAGUGCAGCUGGGAUCAUCUCUACGUGUACGAUGGCGACUCCAUCUACGCUCCUCUCCUCGCCGCGUUCAGCGGUCUGAUUGUUCCUGAGCGCUAUGGGAACGAGACGGUUCCUGAGGUGGUGUCUCAGUCUGGAUACGCGCUGCUGCACUUCUUCAGUGACGCCGCCUACAACCUGACUGGCUUCAACAUCUCCUACAGGAUGAACGCGUGCUCCAACAACUGCUCGGGCCACGGCGAGUGCCGCGCCGGGACCGCCGGCGCUCCGGUGUACUGCGAGUGUGACGACAACUGGAAGGGAGAGGCCUGCGACGUCCCGUACUGUCUGGCCGACUGUGGCUCCCCCGACCGGGGUCACUGCCAGAACAAGACCUGCGUUUGCAUGGCCGGAUGGCAAGGUCCAGACUGCUCCGUUCCAGCACCCGCUAAUUCCUCCUUCUGGGGCAGGGAGGAGUACGCCGAGCCCGGGCUGGCCAGAGCAUCACACAAGGCCGCGGUGGACCAGGACAUCAUGUGGGUCGUCGGCGGCUACGUCUUCAACACCUCCGACUAUCAGAUGGUCAAAGCGUACAACCUGAGCAGCAGGAGGUGGCUGACCCUCGACCCCUCCGUCAACACCGUCGCACCACGAUACGGCCACUCGCUGGCUCUUCACGAGGGAAAGAUCUACAUGUACGGGGGAAAGAUCGACUCCACGGGGAACGUGUCCAGCCAGCUCUGGGUCUUCUACAUCCAGAACCAGACCUGGGUCCUCCUGAGUCCCCGGGCCAAGGAGCAGCAGUACGCGGUGGUGGGACACUCGGCCCACAUCGUGCCUCCUCUCCAGGAGGGCGGCAGUCCCGUCAUGCUGGUUCUGUUCGGACACUGUCCUAUGUACGGUUACAUGAGCUGGGUCCAGGAGUACAACAUUGCCCAGAACACAUGGAGCAUGGUGUCCACAGAAGGCGCCCUGGUGCAGGGCGGCUACGGCCACAGCAGCGUUUUCGACCCGGGCACCAGAGCCAUCUACAUCCACGGCGGCUACAAGGCCUUCAGCGCCACCAAGUACGGCCUGGCUGGAGACCUGUACAAGUUUGAUGUGGACCGGAGGAAAUGGACGAUCCUGAGAGACAGCGGCUUCUUCCGCUACCUCCACACGGCGGUGAUAGUGAGCGGGGCGAUGCUGGUGUUUGGAGGAAACACGCACAACGACACGUCCAUGAGCCACGGCGCCAAGUGCUUCUCCUCCGACUUCCUGGUCUACAGCCUGGCAUGCGACGAGUGGACAGUGCUGCCUCGACCCGACCUCUACAGUGACGUCAACCGCUUCGGGCACUCUGCAGUCUUCAGUGACAGUGUGAUGUACGUGUUCGGCGGCUUCAACAGCCUCCUGCUCAGCGACGUCCUCAUGUACACGUCGCCCAGCUGCGCGGCCUUCUCCAGCCCGGCGUCGUGCAGCCAGGCCUGGCCGGGGAUCCACUGCGCGUGGAACAGCUCACUGGGAACCUGCCUGCCCUGGGAGAGCAGCGCGGCGGUGGCAGCAGAACCUCAGCAGAUUCCGGCCUCCUGCAACACCAGAUCAUAUGCUGAUAACGAGAGGUGUGACCAGUACACGGACUGUUUCAGCUGCACCGCCAACACCAACGGCUGUCAGUGGUGUUCAGCUCAGUGUGUCUCUCUGGGAAGCAACUGCACGUCUGCUUCGGGGGCGAUAGCAGAAGGUGACGUUUGCCCCAGAGACAACCCGUCAUACGUGUGCAACAAGAAAACCAGCUGCAAGAGCUGCGCCGUGGACCAGAACUGUCAGUGGGAUUCUCGCAACCAGGAGUGCAUCUCGCUGCCAGAAAACGUGUGCGGUGAAAGCUGGCAUCUGGUGGGCAACUCGUGUCUGAAGUUCAUCACGGCCAAGGACUCGUACGACAACGCCAAGCUCGGGUGCAGGAGCAACAACGCCGUGCUGGCGUCGCUCACCACGCAGAAGAAGGUGGACUUUGUCCUGAAGGAGUUGCAGAUAAUGAGCGUUGUGUAUAAGGCCACGGUGACGCCCUGGGUGGGUCUGCGUAAAAUCAACGUGUCGUACUGGUGCUGGGAGGACAUGUCGCCCUUCACCAACACCACGCUGCAGUGGCUCCCCGGCGAGCCCAGCGACGCCGGGUUCUGCGGGUACCUGGCCGAGCCGGCGUCCAGCGGACUGAGGGCGCAGUCCUGCAUCAACCCGGUGAACGGCAGCCUCUGCGAGCGACCAGCCAACCACAGUGCCAAGCAGUGCCGGACGCCGUGCGCCAUGCGGACCACGUGCAGCGAGUGCACCAGCAGCAGCUCCGAGUGCAUGUGGUGCAGCAACAUGAAGCAGUGCGUGGACUCCAACGCCUACGUGGCCUCCUUCCCGUUCGGACAGUGCAUGGAGUGGUACACCGUGGACUCCUGCUUACCAGAGAACUGCUCCGGCUACCGCACAUGCGGUCAGUGUCUGGACCAGCCGGGCUGCGGUUGGUGCACUGGCCCCAGUAACACGGGGAAAGGCCAGUGCAUCGAGGGCUCGUACCGCGGGCCCUUCCAGACCUCAGUACCGGCCCCGUCCACCCUGCCUGGUCUGCCCCACAGCCCUCAGCCGGCCCUCAACGUCAGCAUGUGCCCCAAUGAGGCCAAAUACAACUGGUCUUUUAUCCACUGUCCAGCUUGUCAGUGUAAUGGUCACAGUCAGUGCGUCAACGAGAGCGUGUGUGAGAAGUGCGAAGACCUGACGACGGGCCGCCACUGCGAGAGCUGCAUUUCCGGUUUCUACGGAGAUCCGACCAACGGCGGCAGCUGCCAGCCGUGCAAGUGUAACGGCCAUGCGAGCAUUUGCAGCCCAAACAACGGCAAGUGCUUCUGCACCACCAAGGGCAUCAAAGGAGAUCGCUGCCACCUGUGUGAAGUCGAGAAUCGUUACCAAGGCAACCCCCUCAAAGGGACAUGCUACUACACGCUCCUCAUCGACUACCAGUUCACCUUCAGUCUGUCGCAGGAGGACGACCGCCACUACACCGCCAUCAACUUCGUGGCCACGCCCGAGGAGCCAAAUCGGGAUCUUGACAUGUUCAUAAACGCCUCAAAGAACUUCAACCUGAACAUAACGUGGGCCACGAGCUUCACUGCUGGAACUCAGACCGGCGAGGAAAUCCCCAUCGUCUCGCGCAGCAACAUCAAAGAGUUCAAAGACAGCUUCUCCAACGAGAACUUUGACUUCCGCAACAGCCCCAACAUCACGUUCUUCGUCUACGUCAGCAACUUCACAUGGCCGAUCAAGAUUCAGAUCGCCUUCUCGCAGCACAGUAACUUCAUGGACCUGGUGCAGUUCUUUGUCACAUUCUUCAGUUGCUUCCUGUCCCUACUCCUCGUGGCCGCCGUGGUGUGGAAGAUCAAACAGAGCUGUUGGGCGUCACGGCGACGAGAGCAACUGCUGAGAGAGAUGCAGCAGAUGGCGAGCCGGCCCUUCGCCACCAUCAACGUCGCCUUGGAGACGGACGAGGAGCCACCUGACCUUAUAGGAGGAAAUGUGAAGUCUGUCCCGAAACCAAUCGCCCUGGAGCCGUGCUUUGGCAACAAAGCCGCCGUGCUCUCCAUCUUUGUGCGGUUACCCCGGGGCACCGGAGGCAUCCCUCCUCCAGGACAGUCUGGUCUGGCGGUGGCCAGUGCGCUGGUGGACGUCUCUCAGCAGAUGUGCGUCGGCUACAAGGAGAAGUCCGGAGGCCUGAGGAACCGCAAACAGCAGCCCAGCGCACAACCGUCCACCUGCAUCUGACCACGCACCUCCGUCUGUCCUCGUCCUCGUCCUCGUCCUCGUCCUCCGCCGCCAUUCCCAGCCCGACGCUCUCUACUCUUCUCCCAUCAGCCCCUCUGCCUCCGCCGCCCCCCCUCCUGAACAGACUCCCCGCCUAGGCUCUGCUCUGGCGGGGAGAAGUGCAUGCUGGGACACGGGACAGUGGUGAGGGGACAAGUCGUCCAGCGGACCGAGGCCUCCGUCUCCACGCCUGCAGGAACUUUUUUUCAUCCCCUGGAACUGAGUGACAGAAACUGGACGCGGAGGAGAAGGGGGGGGAGCAGGAGAGGGAGGGACAAAAGACACGGGUGCCUCCUCCACCUUUUCCCGUCAAAAAAAAAACAACAGACAUUUUACAUUUGUCGACGCCGCCUCGUUAAUGUCGAGGCGGCCACGGCUUGCUGCUAGAAGAGAUCAUCAUCUCGUAGUUUUUUGAGAGAUCCAGAGACUUUGCCGCGCGUUGUGUUGCAGAGUCGUUUUACCUAAGUUAUUGUUUUUGUUUCCUUUUUUUUCUUUUUGGUUUGUUUUUCUCGUGUUUAUCUGGAGGCAGGAGUAAACUGGACGUGUUGAAAAUGUUGGGAUUGUAGUCGUCGCCGCCGCCGCCGCAGAUCAGUCGCAGAUUUGUCCGUCGAGUUCUCCACACGUUGCUCGUGUCGCCGUCGCCCGCUCAGGAGGACGGUUUCGCGUGUGUCCAACAAUCACUGUCUUAUUCUCCUGAUGCACCAGGAGGACGGUCAGAGAGGCUCUAAUGCCGCGUUCAGCGCCGGCGUCACGCGACAAGUUUACAUACGGAGUCGACGCGCGGACGAACGUAUCAUUUUUCGGUGUGGACACUUGUACGUCUGCAGAGAAGAAACCGCCGUCUUGUGCGGCUCCACAACGCCAUACGGAGGCGGACACCACCGUUUACUCCUUUGGUUGAUGGCGAAAAGAAAUAUACGUUAUUUAUGUUAAAAAAACGGCGCAAAAAAACGAAAUGGGCGCAAAGCAACGCGAAAAAUCGCAUUCGAUGGAAAAGCAGCAUUAGGGCAAGGUGUGUAACUACUUUAAAAUGUCUAAUGCCCUUCUAGACUGUUUUUUUUUUUAUUAUUUUUUUUUUACCUCAAACGGGCUUUUAAGGUGAACUAUUUUUCCCCCAUAUUUGAAAAACGACAGCCCUAACACACACACGCACUCUCUCUUCCAGGAACCAGCUUCCCUGGCCCCUGACCCGUCUGUGACCCGUCUGUGACCCGUCUGUGACCCGUUUGUACACAGCUCCACACUGAGGGCCGGUGUCAGCGCAGCAAACUAACUUGUUUUUUUUUAAUGAAGAGCCGCUGUAGGAGGCGAGCUGUGCAGCCAAAGACCGUGGAGAAAGGAUGUGACACUUUAAAACGGGCCUCCGACUUCCUGUCUGGACAGAUCUCCCUCUCUCUCUCUCUCUCUCUCUCUCUCUGGCUUCAUGGCCGAGGACAAAAUAAGACCACAACAAACCGUCUCAUCUUGUGCUGGCGGCCCGGAUCGUAAACCUAUUGAAACUUUUCCAGCUAAUUACUCGUCCAGAUGCAGCGAAACAGUGCCGUCCACGCACACGAGGCUCUCAGAGAAGCGUUUUAACCAUUGUCCCUCUGGCAGCGCCGCGCCCCGAGACUCGGGCGUCCGAUAGAUCGCCCGACUCCGAUCGCCUGCAAUGAUUAGAUCUGUGUGAGGCGAGGGCGGCGGUUCAGCGUCCCCUCUCAUCGCCGCCUAACAAAUCCAUAGCCUGUAAUUGCUGCCGCCGCAUCUCCCAGGUUGCAGUGCGUGCAGGGCACACCCCACCCCCCCCCACCCCCCGCAGCACCGACGCCCGCGUCUGUAUCGAUGCAGCUGCUCACGCCACACCGCAAAUGUGGCAACGAUUUUUUCCGUCUGAGAAAUUGACCACACCUCACAGAAGACCUGUGCUCUUCAUCACUAACGCCUCCUUUCUUUUCUAUCCUCUCUUUUCACAGGGCGACGUUUAAAGAACAAACGAAAACGAGGGAACAGUCGCUUGUUAAACAUGAGACAGUGUUUUGUUGUCGUUGUCGUCGUCGUGAAGGCGUCACGGUGUCAGAUCUGCGUUUCUUUUCUUCUUCUAUCACCACUGCGGCGGUCUCUUGUUUUUUUUCCUUUCUUCGUCAUACAGUUGUAGCUCGACUCGGCUGGACUCUGGCGGGGUCGCCGUAGCGCGACUGCGUGAAACUGUCGCGACAAACCGCACAAGCGAUUGACUUUUGUUUUCGGGUGUAACUGAAUCAUUAGAAUCAUUCGAUUGAAAAAGAUUUGUUCAGAGAAUCGUUGAGUACUCUGUCGCUGAACUGAGAUGCGACGGAAUGGGUCGCGGUUCUUCCGCGUCGCGACCGUCUUUUUCACGCACCUGCACUUUGAUUCUCGGUGGCCGGCAGUCUGUUGACGUCACAUUUUAGUAUCGGCUCAGCUCGGUUGGAACCUCGUCAGAGCAGGUACUCAAACCAAACGCCAGGUACCAGGUACUGUCGCUGAUGGAAAAGCAAAAAAAAGACUCUAAUAUUGGAGUGGAUAAAGAGGGAAUGUAGAGCUAUUCCAAGCUCCAGUGAGUCACAUUUAGGAGGAUUUCUUGGCACAGAUGUAAGGGUUUUUGUAGCCUUAAAAUAAUACUUUAGAUAAGGGCCUUGCUCUGGCGUGUGUUUUGAAGCUUGUUAUUAUACAGACGAAGGAGAACUACAGCGUCUGUGGUUUGCCAAGGCCGCUGUGGUUCUCUCAAUCACAAAGUCUUGUUUGGUGCAAUCUGCAGUCUGACCUUUAGGUGUCACUAAAUUCUAGGGUUAGGGUUUUCUAAAUGAAAAGAGGUUGAAAAUGUCCUGUGAAGUAUGAACAUUUCCGCUGUGUUUGAAUCCACAAAUGCAGAGAGAAGCUUUAAGGAAAAUCUCAGUUUCAUACUCCAGCUGCCACAGGUCACACUUGAAGUCUCUCUCUCUUUCUCUCUCUCUCUCUCUCUCUCUCUCCAGUCGCAGAACAACUCAAUAAUCCGCCUUCUGCGUGCGUUCAGCGAACUUAAGAGCUGCUCGUCGUCUGGUUAAAGGGCAAACUUUUAGCAC